GAGACGCGGAGGGGAGAAACUGAGCUCUGUAACUUUACCCGGAGACGACAUGACACACCAAACCGUAUCGAUAAACAUUUCACCCUGAGGCGUUAGACAAGCUGUGUUUUAUUCAAUUGAUUACUUUUGCCAUGGGAAAGUGUUCAUUAACCAGUGCUACUCUCUGUUAAUAGUGAGUUCUCUAUGAUGCUGUUUUUGUGAGAUCCGCUGUGUUGUCCGCCUGUUUGGACAUCAUCAUGCCAAGCCGGCAGAAGAAGGUCGUGUUCUCGGUUGGUGGAGUGCUGAGUUUCACCGCGGUGCUGCUCGUGGCGGCGGCGAUGGGAACCCGCUGGUGGGUUAACGCCAACGUGCUGUGCCAAACCGGCGCCCAACUUGUGAACGCCACCGGCUCCGAGCUGGACAAAUUCAUGGGCACCGUGAGCUACGGGCUUUUUCACGGCCAGAGGCUGAAGCAGUGCGGCCUGGGAGGGAGACCACUCUCCUUCUCCUUUUUUCCUGACCUAGUGGAUGUGAUCCCAGCCAGUCUUCAUGUGAGCGUGAUUUUCUUCUGUGCUGUGCUGAUCCUCUUCACUUCCAUAUGUUGUGCCUUCUUCAUGUACAAUGCUUUUGGUAAUCCGUACGAGACCCUGCAUGGACCGCUGGGCCUCUACCUGUGGAACAUGAUCAGCUGUCUGUGCAGCUGUCUGGUCCUGAUCCUCUAUGCGGCAGAAGUGAAACUGCACCGCCUGUCUGAGAGCAUCGCUAACUACAAAGAGGGCAGCUUUGUCUACAAGACACGCAGCGAGAAGUUUGACCGCUCCUUCUGGCUCAUAUUCUUGGUCUUUCUCGUGCACUGCCUUAACAUCUUACUGAUCCGCCUGGCGGGGGUCCAGUUUCCUUUCCAGGGGGCCAAAGAGUCUGAUGCCACCACGGGCGCAGCAGAUCUCAUGUACUGAUCAGUCCUAUUGUUCACCAGCUCUGCCACCCGGACGCGACAUCCUAUCGUGGCUAUUAGCACUUCUCAAUAGGAGUCUUGCAUCUUGCAAUAUCCGUUGUUGUGGUUUGUUUACCGAUGAAUAGGCACAUCUGAGCCUCUUAAGCUUCAUCCGUUCACUUUCAGAUGAGGCAUAGGCCUUGGAGUUAGAGUCCUGGCUGUGUCUGAGAGAGAUGUCUUAUCUAUCACGCUGCAGGGUGGCUAGUGGAGGCACCCAGUCUUUCAGCCUCACUCCUGAUUGCGUAUUCUGUUCACUGCCACUGCAGUUAAGGCUCAGUAUUUUAAAUGAAUUGAUGAAAUAGGUUUGCUCAGCUCUGUUUCUGCUGUAAGGAAACUAUAUCUUUCGUUGUAUUAUGUUUAGCAUUCACAUCCUUUGCAACACUACCCUAAUGCACAAUGAUUAACUGUAUUGGGUAACUUGUAUUGUACUGGGUAGCUUGGAUAUGCUCCUGUUUAGAUGUCCAACCACAAUGUGCCAAGGAUCAUGAAUAGCAAAUGUACUUCAAAUCACAAGGACCUAUUAGCCUUUGAUGUGAAUUAUACUUAUUUAUACUGGUUAAUGGAACAUUAUUAACAAACAUGGAGGAGGAUGUCCAAUUUGAAUAAUAAUUUAAAGCAUUAUGUACAUUUGAAGUGUUUAAUAGAGUUUCUUUAUAACUUACCUGUUUGUGUAUAGAUGUGACCACAAUUGUACUGUAAGAUAUUCACGAUUAAAGUCCCAAGUAGAAACUGCUGAAACUGACCAGUGUCUAGAGCUGUUUCUGUAGAAGGAAAUUAGGUAAUUGUAUAUAGUACAUUUUGGUGGGUGCAUGUUUUCUGCAAAUGUGCUGAAAACUGGCCUUGCAGAUGAACUGAUUACUGAAUGACACUUGAAGGGAGUUUUUGUGGUAGAGUAAAACUGUUUGUUUAAGAUUUAGUCCUUACUCUGUGUCAUGCUGCAUCUAUGAAACUUCAUCCUUUAAUAUUUAA